GGUUAGGGAACGAAUAAAUGAAAUAAUUAAGAGUAUGUAUCCCCCCAUCCAUUACCAUCCACUUGCACUGCCCAAACCCCGGGGAACGGACCUAGAUGUCCAAACUUCAGAAAUCCUUGAAGCAACACUUAAGGCCCUUAAUUACUCUAACCCUGAUUUGGCUGCCGAUUGCUGGCUGUGUAUGGCCCUUGGCACACCUAUGCCCAUAGCUUUGAUGUCCAAAAAUGGCUCCACAUCCACAAAUUGCACACUUAGUCCACCUUUUAAGGUACAACCUGUUGGUCUCCGCCCCUCUCCUUGUAUCCAAGCCCCAUUUCAGAAUUCCACUGCUGAUAUUGAUGUUGGUUUUGCUACCUUUGCUAAUUGCUCUGAAGUCAAAAACUAUACCUCACAGGAACCUCUCUGUCCCCUGCCGGGACAACUUUUCGCCUGUGGGGGAAAUAUGGCCUACUCUGCUCUCCCCCAGAAUUGGACAGGACUCUGCACACAAAUUUCAAUCCUCCCUGAUAUCGACAUCAUUCCGGGAGAUGAGCCUGUCCCACUGCCCAGUUUUGAUUAUAUUACUGGAAGACCCAAGAGGGCUGUUGCAUUUAUCCCCCUCCUUGUUGGCCUUGGGAUUACAGGGGCACUCGCUACCGGCUCUGCCGGCAUAGGAGUUGCUGUUGAUUCAUAUACAAAACUAUCCCAUCAAUUUCUUAAUGAUGUGCAAACCCUCUCGGGGACGAUAAAUGACCUUCAAGACCAAAUUGACUCCCUGGCGGGAGUCGUUCUUCAGAAUAGGAGGGGCCUAGAUUUACUCACGGCAGAACAAGGGGGAAUUUGCUUAGCCCUACAAGAAAAAUGUUGCUUCUAUGCAAAUAAAUCUGGGAUAGUGCGGGAUAAAAUCAAAAAACUGCAAGAGGAUCUGAUUGAAAGACGCAGAAAACUUUUUGAAAAUCCCCUCUGGAGUGGCUUGAAUGGAGUCCUCCCAUACCUCCUCCCUCUUCUUGGACCUUUAAUUGGUCUCCUCCUACUUUUUUCUUUUGGACCUUGGGCCUUUACCAGACUAACCUCUUUCAUUAAGACGCAGAUUGAGGCUUCUCUUAAAAACACCGUCAAUAUCCAUUACCACCAACUUGCUUCGUCAGAAGAUCCUACUGAUACCAUGGAAGAGGGUCUCCAGUUCUCGAAGCUCGUGCAUCCGGAAUCUCGCUGCUCGCGGUGGUGGAGAAAUAUUAAGGAUAAAAAGUGAUCUGGCGGCUGUGAGAGAGCCCAUGACGGGAAUAUUGAGGUCCCAUGUUUCAAAAAAAAGAUCAGCGCGGCUGCAGUUGUUUCCCCAUGACGGGAAUAGAGUGAGGCCAUGAUGGGUUACAUCGUGGGGUCCCCUCGCUUAGCCUAAGACAGGGACCACUGCCACUAAUGCGCUUUGAACAUGGAGGCCGACCUCAUAGCCUAAGACAGGCCUCUCACCUGCUAUUUUAAAUACAAAAUGGGGGACAUGCUGGAGGCCAGCACCUGGUAGUGGGCCCCUAACCCCGUGAGAUUACCACACCCCAAGCAGCUUGUUCCGGGACAAACCGUACCAUAACGUGUUCCUGUCAGGGCUAACCGCAAGAUGUCGCCACACCGCCCCUGGAAAGUCCCGGAGGCCCAUUUUCCCCUUUUGCCCCUCCCCGCUUUUGCCCUAUAUAAGCUUGUAACGCUCAAAAAUAAAAUUAGACCUUGCCUACCAUC